ACAAAAGGAAACGUCAGUUUAUUUCUAAUGCUGCCAUUUAAUAAUAUUCCUGAAAGUUAUAUAAAAAUUAUAAUUAUUUAUACUGAUUCCGACUUAUAACAUCCUUUUAAAAUAUAUUUCAAGCAAAUUGUAAACGAACUAUCAUGCUAUUGCUUUCAUUAGAUAAUUUAAUAAAAAUUAAUUUUAAAGAUACAAAAACUGCUGCAAUUAAUUUUGGUGUGGCAAUGCCAUUUCUAUCUCGAGUUUGUUUCGGCUGCGGCAGUGAUUCCGUCGUUUGGCGAUUUUCGCGCAAACGGUUUCCGUAAAUUUCGCGUAAACAUGCUAAAAAUUUAUACAAAUUUCUUAUUGGAAAAAACAGAAUGCCUCCGCAGUUGGUGUUGAAUGUUUUAAUUAUAUUCAAUAAGUGAAAAUCACGUGACAAAUUUAUAUUGCAAGACAUAAUUGGCGCAGUGGCGACCAAAAUUUUUUUUCUAAUUAGAAGUAGAAGGUAGGCAGCAAUCGUUUUUGCUGUGAAUGUGAAAAGUGUAAAGUGUGAUAAAGCAUUGGAGAACGAAAAAAUAUUGCAAUAAUAAUAAUCGGUCAAAGUGUAAGGAAUCGGAAUACACGAGUAAUAAUUUUUUCACCUCCAUCCAUUGCAUCGGUAUACAAUUGUUGAUUUAUUAAUGAAAAUUGAUGUGUGAGAAAAGCAAAAUUUGUGAAUCACUUGAAAUUGUCUAAAUGCAAUUAACCUACUCGUUGCCAUUUUUUGAGCCGCCUCCCUUUUUGGUGGAGCGCUGCUUACUCCAACUGCUCAUUGCUAACACAUGUCAACAACAGUUCUUUAAAAGCAGUAUCGAAUCCAACAAGAUCUUUAGUUGUACCCGCAACCAUUGUAAGAAGCAAGUGCUACAAAAACGGUCCAUUAAAAAUUAACAAAGACUACAAAAUUGAUAAAGUGAAAUUUUAUUGUGAGACACCACACUGUUAAAUAAUCACUAAGGAUAUUACAAAAUACAUUUUUUUAAACCAUUAGCGUGCAAAAAGGAAUAAAUAUAUACACGUACAAUGUCGGAAUUGCGUCGACGAAGGCAUCAAAUACAACUGACACUAGCCACUUUGGUUUUAGCAGCGACACCACCAGCGCAGCAACGAAAAAAGCCACCAAUUUUGUGGCCAAUAUCGUUUAUAACGGUUUCAUUAACAAUGUUAUUUUUGCUACAAAUAAGGCCAGCAGAUGGUAGGUACAGCAUUGAUCCAAUCCACACUAGAAUUUACAAAGCCUUCCUUUUAGCCACACCCAUCGAAAUAGUGUUUAAUACCACACGCAAUUCACCAUAUGCGGACAACGCGGCAAACAAGUGGAUGUCUCACAACAGUAAUAUAAAUAAUAACGCUGCUAAUGGAAGUGCACGAAAAGCAACUGACCGCCAUCAAGAGAAUGCGAUAGUGGCUACAGCGCCUUCAUCAUCAACGGCUGCGGCAUCAACUGGUGGAAGGAAUAUGGGCAACAAUAAUUUGAAGCACGAUGAUACGUUGCCAAUAGCGUUAGUGCCGCAACAGACCACCGUAUCAACGCCGUUGUUGCACCAGCUUAGUGGACACCACAGUAACAGUAACAAGAGAGAGAGGCCGCUGAAAUGCCAUUGUGACAUUUGUAAGGACACAAAUUUCAUAUGCGAAACGGAUGGCUAUUGCUUUACAUCGGUGGUGAAGGAUGAGGACAAAAUCAUAUUUAGUUACAGGUGCCUAGAAAAGAAGUAUGAUCUGCAGCGUGAACCGCUCGAAUGCCUGACUAGCCGCGAGAAAAAGAACGUCUAUGUAGUUAAAUGUUGUAGUGAAGACUUCUGCAAUAAAGAUGAACUAUUGAAAUUGAGUUUUGGCACAGAAUUCUUGCCUGAAGAGCCGCUAAACGCUUGGGUUUUGGUCGUCAUCAUUUUCGGCGCCACGCUCUUCAUCUGCUUAUCGGUACUGUUGUCGUUGUGCUUCUGGCAGCGUCGCAAACGCAAUAGUAAUGGACGUACCUUCCCGCCAGAUGAUUCGGUGUGCGAUCCCAUACUCAAUGGCAACACCAUACAAGACAUUAUCGAGAUGACAACAUCGGGUUCCGGUUCAGCCGGUUUGCCACUGUUGGUGCAGCGUUCAAUUGCACGCCAAAUACAACUCUGUCAUGUAAUUGGCAAAGGACGCUUCGGUGAAGUAUGGCGUGGUCGCUGGCGUGGCGAAAAUGUCGCCGUAAAGAUCUUCUCCAGUCGCGAGGAGUGCUCUUGGUUUAGGGAGGCUGAAAUCUAUCAGACUGUGAUGUUGCGUCACGAAAAUAUACUAGGUUUCAUAGCGGCCGAUAAUAAGGAUAAUGGCACUUGGACCCAACUUUGGUUGGUCACUGACUACCAUGAGAAUGGUUCAUUAUUCGAUUACCUCACCACGCAUACCGUGGAUACGAAAACUAUGCUCAAUAUGGCGCUCUCCAUUGCCAUCGGUCUGGCACAUUUACACAUGGAUAUUGUGGGUACACGUGGCAAGCCAGCGAUCGCACAUCGUGACCUCAAAUCCAAAAAUAUACUCGUCAAAUCCAAUCUCAGCUGUGCGAUAGGUGAUCUUGGUUUGGCGGUGCGUCAUGUGGAGAAGAAUGAUUCCGUCGAUAUACCAUCGACACAUCGUGUGGGCACCAAACGUUAUAUGGCACCCGAAGUGCUGGACGAGAGCAUGAAUGCACAGCAUUUCGAUUCGUAUAAGCGUGCCGAUGUGUAUGCGUUCGGUUUGAUAUUGUGGGAGAUAGCGCGUCGUUGCAACAUCGGCAUGAUAUACGAUGAAUAUCAAUUGCCAUAUUUCGAUGUUGUACAACCUGAUCCUAGUAUUGAGGAGAUGAAGAAGGUGGUUUGCAUUGAUAAAAUGCGUCCGAAUAUACCGAAUCGUUGGCAUGCCUCCGAUGUGCUGCACGGCAUGGCGAAAGUGAUGAAAGAGUGCUGGUAUCCGAAUCCUGUUGCGCGUCUUACGGCGUUGCGCAUAAAAAAGACGCUGGCCAACAUAACGGUCGAGGAUAAAGUGAAGAACUGAUUGUAGUUGUAGUUGUAGUAGUGUGCAGCCAUUUAUGGCAUGAAACUAACGGAUAUAAAUUGUACUAUUUGAAAUUGCGGAAGGCUGCCGCAAAGCGUCACAUGCAUUUUUUUGUUGUGGCAGCAACAAGCGCAAAAUUCACCUUCUCUACACCUCCCUUUCUGUGUACUUUUCUGCUGUAAAGCAUUGCAAAACGCUGAAUGCGCUGGAAAAGUAUAUUGGAAAAAUUACCUAAAGAGAAGAAGAAGCAUACCUUAAAAUACCUAAUUAACAAAAAAAAAAGAAAUUAAGAAAAUAUGAAAAAAACAAAAAAAAAAAAGAAAAUAUGGUAAACAGAGAAAUUUAUUAAGCUGUUAUAAUUGAUGCAGAGCAUUCUAUUAAAGCACUAAAAGUUGUAUUUGUAAUUUUAAAACUAUAAUUUGUAAUAACAUGUGUAAAGUGUGUAUUUAGACAUAAGAGAGAAAGAGAGAGCGCAACAAAUGUAUGUAACUAAUUGAGAGUAGCAGCAGCAGCAGCUUGAGAUAACACGAAUUAAUUGAAUAUUUAAAAAUUAUUAUUAUUUUGAAAUAAGUUUUGAAAUGUGUGUGGCUGCCUAUAUGUAUAUGUAUGUAUGUGUGUGUGAGAAUUUAGUGUUUAGCUAGAGCAAGGAGAAAAAGUUGAAGUCUGAGGGCAAUUUUGUGUGUGUAUGUGUGUUGAGAAAAAACAAAAACAAAAAUAGCUGUAAAUAUUUUGGAAAUGUACACAAACCUGAGAUUUUCCUAUGGCAGCUGCUAUUUUUUAGAUUUAAAAGCUUAAGCAUUAUUCAACAUUUUUUGUUAAUUUUUUAUUGUCUUAGCUGAUUUGUAACAAUUUAUUGUCUGUUUUUAAUUUUCGAUGCUAAUUUGUUAGACUUUGACGCGUUGUUUAAGCAAAUUUAUCGUGUAAACGUAAGGAGAGAGCGAGAGAGCGCGCAGUUGAGAGUAUUGCUGAUAUUUGUAAGAAUUUCGAAAAAAUAACUGAAAAAUCCAAUAUACAUUUUUUUCUAACUUAAAUGCAGUUCAAAUUUAAAUACAACAAUUAACUUAAUUUUUUUUUAAACAAAUUUUUCAAAAAGUUAUUUUUUGUUUUUUCAAAAUAAUAUUUAAAUUUUUUUUUCAAAUAAUAUUUAAAAAAAUAACUGAAAAAUUCAAUAAAAAAAUAUUUUUGUCUAACGUAAAUGCAGUUACAAUUUAAAUACAAUAAAUAACUUUAAAUUUUUUUCCAAAUAAUAUUUAAAAAAAUUUUUUUCCAAAAUAAUAUUUUAAAAGUUUUUUUCAAAUAAUAUUAUAAAAAAAGUUUUUUUCUUCAAAAUAAUAUAAUAAAAAUUUGCUAUUUGCCAAAUUAAAUCAAAUUAAUUAACUAUUUUUUUAAAAAGAAAUCUUUCGAACAUCUCCACUAAUUGAAUAAAUUGAAGCGCAUACUGAACUGCCAUCAAUUAAGCAAUUUAACUAAGCUCAUUUAUAUUUACAUAAUACAUACAAACAUACAUAUAUGUAAAUGCUCAUUACGGCAGUUGCAACAACUUUUAAAGUUAGACAACGAACACAGUUAGCAAAAACAACAACAACUACACACAAACAAAAAAAAAUAAUAACAAACAAGAAAAGACUCUGACUAAAGACUGAUACAUAGCAACAGUUACAGUGAAUAUCGCCAUACCGUUAAUUAGUAUCCUUUUUAGAGCAAUUUUUUGGCGCUUAAAAACAAAGUAAUAAUUUUAAUAAUAAUCUUUUCUUUAAUUUAAACUUUUAUAAAGAUAAUUUUUUGUUUCUACUUUCCUACUUCUCAACUCAUUUCGUACUCGCAUUAAGAUUUUGCCAUUUUUAGAAACAUAAACUUAAGACACAAAAAAGUAAAGUUAAAGGAACUAAAAACAAAAGCAACAAAACUGCAUACUAUAUAAAGACACUUUUAAAUAACAAAAUGAAAAAAAAAGAAAAAAACCAAAAGAACUCAGGAAUUGCCAGUCGUAAUGUAUGUAAAUAAUACCUAUUAUAUAAAGAAAAAUAUCACUCGUUGACUCGAUAACUGCUUUGUUGUUGUGUGCGAAAAUCUAUAGCAAAACAAAACAAAAACAAAAAAACCACUUUCACGAAAAAUUCUACACCGCUUAAUUGGCAUUUCUUGCUUUUUCCUUACGUUUGCAAAGAACAAGUAAAUGCUAUUAACAUUAUUUCGUUAUCUCUUUUUUUUUGGUUUUAUUAAAUUCAAAUAUGCAGGAACUCCUCGUAUAAGUUUGUAUAUUUUAUUUCCUAUGUAAAUAUAACAUUACUUAUGCGCAAAAUUAUUUUGUUUUCAAAAUUGUGUGAAGUGGUUGACGAACAAGAAUUUUUUUUUUAUAGUCUAAAAUGAGUUUGUAUAAAGUGCAGAGGGAUAUAGAAAUGUGGUCCUUUCAACAUAAUAUU